AUGUGCGUAGUGGAGAACAAAACAUAUGUCUACGCGGGCAGUCGCCGCCGCGAGAUUAUACGCAAACAAUACCGUUGCCACAACGCACCCGCUGGAAGUCUGUGCGCAUACGUUGAGGAGAGGAAUACUGAAGCGACUCGCGUGGUCGAGAGGCGUCCCAAUGCCGACCAGACUUCGUCCUCGGCCCCACGGAACAUUGUCAUGGCCAAUGGUCGGGAGUAUCGAUACUUCCCUUUGAGCCGGACAUCUAGCAAGCGUUUGUCUGGAGAACGACCAAGCAGCAACAACGGCAACCAGUCGCCCGCCGACAGCCUCGUCUCGUCUUCGCCACCACGAACACCAAUACACAGGACUGUCAGACCUGCGGCUCCAUCCCCACCACCUACACCACGUCAAUUUCGACGAGUAUCUUUCCGCGAGCCAAGGACACUGGACGCACCGACGGGCACAGCUCUCUAUCCUGAUCCUCCCUCUCUCGACAUGCCAAGGGCUCGUGUGAACGAAAGGCGCCCUGUUGGUCAUAAAUCAUCCAUCUCAUCGUUGACAAACGAGGUCGACAAUACAGCCCCGCCCAGGAGACGGUCGUCGACGAAGCAGGAUGAUCGACGCAGAGACUCGACGCUCGAAUGCGACUCAUCAGACAUCACUGCUACCUCUGAGUCAUCCCCCAGCCUCAGCGACCUACCAAGAGUUUAUCGAGAUCGACGCGAUUCCGGUAAUAAUCAGCCGCACCGAGGCGACAAGCGUCAGUCAGACGAUCCGUCACGCUACGAGGAAGAUAAAAGACAAGCUCGUCCCAUUCGAGAUACCAUAGCUGCAACGAAUGAGCGCCAGCGUGCUCCGCAAUACCGAGAUGCACAAGACUCGACGCGAACAUAUUAUGGGCACUCGUUAGACAAGCUAUUUCCGGAGCAGAAAGACAGCUUUGGUCGUGCUACUGAGCCGAAACUCCCUGUAGCUCCUACGUUCGCUAGCCGACAACAGGAACUUGAUCGCAAAUGGAACACCGAGAUGGAACUUGUAACGCACGAAAAGUAUGCAGCAGAACAGCGUAGGCAACAUGAUCCAUUGCGAAUCACGACCUUUGCUCAUGCGUAUACACAACGAACUUCCUCAUCUUCCAGCCAUCAACCAUUAACCCCUGCUGGCUCUUCGCGCCUCUCCGCGCGAACCAUGACUAAUUUGUCAUCGCCGACAUCAUUAGCAAGGACGCCACGCUACGGUCCUGCUAUCGUAUCACAGCCUAAUCCGCCCCGAAACUCUUUCGCCAAGGAAGGCGAGCGAGUUACCAACCGAACGCAGGUCCGUGGCAAUGGUGCAUCAGAUAGCCUGACUGGUAUGAUGAAGAGAACUCAGCUGGCUGACUACGACUCUGAUGAUGACGACGUGCCGAGUGUGGCAGAUCUCAGCGUGCAGCGAGCAUCACCAAGGCGUCACAAGCACGAAGAGAGAAGAAGGACACAUGGCUAUGAUGAGCGAUGA